AACACACCCACUCCCUUGUCAUAAAACCCAGCAGUGCCCGUGGGUUUCUCCUUGCCGUCUUCAUUUUUUCCUGUGUUCAUCUCUGGGACCUGAAUCAAACCCGCCUAAGCUUUGGCAUCUUUAUUGCUUUGUUUCCAAGCAUCCCUUUCAUACUACAAUGGCAGCAGUGGGAUCUCGUGGAACGAUUCCUGAAGCCUCCCCCUUCAAACCUGAGGAGGAUGUCGAGAAGCUCAGGUCUGCCAUGAAAGGAGCAGGCACCAACGAGGCAACCGUCAUUGAGGUCCUGGCUCAUCGCACUAUUGCACAGAGGCAACGCAUCAAGGAAGCUUACAAGCAGUCUAUUGGGAAGGACUUGAAGGAUGACUUGAUAGGAGAAUUGACUGGGAACUUUGAGAAGGUGGUGGUUGGUCUCUUGAUGACUGCACCAGAGUAUGAUGCCUAUGAGCUUCACAAUGCCAUUCAGGGUGCAGGAACUGAAGAGGCUGCUCUUAUUGACAUCCUAGCCUCUAGAUCCAGUGAAGAAGUCAGGGCAAUCAACAACUAUUACAAAAAGAAGUUUGACAAGAGCCUGGAGGACGACAUCUCUAGUGACACCUCUGGCAUGUUCAAGAGGGUUCUGGUCUCUCUGACCACGGCCGGGCGUGAUACGACUGACUCUGUGAAUGACGCUGGGGCAGCUCAGGAUGCCAAGGAGAUCUUCGAGGCAGGAGAAGCACGUUGGGGCACAGACGAGGUGAAGUUCCUCACAAUUCUGUGUGUGAGGAACAGGAACCAUCUGCUUAAAGUGUUUGACGAGUAUAAGAAGGUGUCUGGGCGGGACAUUGAGGACAGCAUUAAGAGAGAGAUGUCUGGUUGUCUGGAGGAUGUCUUUCUGGCCAUAGUGAAAUGCAUCAGAAACAAGCCGGCGUUUUUUGCAGAGCGUCUGUACAAAUCCAUGAAGGGCCUAGGUACUACAGACAGCAUUCUGAUCAGAAUCAUGGUGGCCCGAGCUGAAAUUGACAUGAUGGACAUCAAAGCUGAGUUUAACAAAAUGUAUGGAAAGACUCUCCACUCCUUCAUCAAGGGGGACACAUCAGGUGACUACCGCAAGAUCCUACUGGAGCUGUGUGGUGGCGAUAACUAGAGGGUCACCUGGAGGCUGUUGAAGUCCGUGGCGGCCAUUAGUGCUCCAGCUGAGAGUUGACCACCACCACCACCCCCCCACCCCCGGUUUUCACAGAUCCGCCAAAGCUUUUUUUUUUUUUACAUGUUUUUAUAAUACCAGUUAUACUAAACUAUGUGAUAUUUUGUACUGAAAGGCUUCUGUGAUGUAAUGAUAUAUUUUUUUCCACAAGAGUGUGUCAAAAAAAAAAAGCUAACAGAAAUGGCCAUUGUUAGUGUCCUCUAACAUCCUCUCAUUUCAAUAAACAUAGUUUUCAUCUCCA